CAUUGGGUGCACCAUGGCUCAUAGCAAAGGAGGCCUGGAUCUUGUCCUCGUUGACUUACCCAUCGUCACAUCAACCAACGCAUCACAUAAUCAAUUAUGGCGGAGUGGCUUCGCGAGUUAGGCUCUCCGCCGCCUCACGUCUUACUCUUGGUCGCAGUAACCUUGGCCGUAGUAUUACUACGGUAUGCCAUUUGGAAGCACGAUUCCAGAGAGCCUCCUUUGAUCUCCGGCGCCCCCGUCCUUGGGCAUUUACCAGGAAUUUACCGUCACGGCACAUCAUAUCCAGUAGUAUUGAGUGCUCAAACGGAUCAACUUCCAAUAUACGCUGUCUAUCUGCUGGGCCAAAAGAUCUACACGGUAAAUGCAGGAGAGAUUGCAUCUCUACUUUCUCGCAAGAACAAGCAGCUUGAUGCCGAGACAGGGUUCAUUGUCGUUGUUUUCCAAAACAUGCUCGGGGUGGACAAAAGCAUCAUGAAAACCUUGGUAUCAACGCCAAAGUCCGGCCAAAAGGGCCAGCGCACCCCCUACAGAGACGACAUGCGGACUACGGAGCACAGAUUGCUGGCGCCCGGCGAAUCAAACCGGCAGUUCUACGUGAAAAUCAUGAACGCGUUUGUUCAAGUCCUUGAUGACAUGAUGCCCUCGGAUACGAAUAGUGUCCAUCUCAUGAAGUGGUUGGAAGAGCUGUACACAAGAGUUGCAGGUGCUGGAAUGUACGGAAAGAAAAGCCCAUUUGAGACGCGGCCGAGCCUCAUAUGGGACUACUGGUAUGACAUUUGAAAUACAGUUUUGAGCAUUUUCAUAUUCUGAACAAAGAAAUUGUUGUCUAGGUUAUGGGAUUCCAACAUGUCGCCGUUCCUUCUCAAUUUCUUUCCCAAGUACACGGCCCCGGAAGCAUUCGAGGCCCGUGAAAGGCUAGUUGACGUACUCAAGGGGUGCAUUGCAGAUACCCACGACGACGACGAAGGCGACCAGGUCAACGUCAUCAGCCGUAAACGGAGAGACAUAAGUACCAAACACAGCCUUUCCGGUGACUAUCUAGGACGUUCGGAGCUGGAAUUGUUGAAUGGACUACUUAGCAAUACCGUGCCGGCGGUCUUCUGGAUGUUGGCUCAUACCUUGGCCGGAUCUUUUUUCGGAUCCAUCAAGGAAGAAGUAGGACGGUCUGUGCAGGCCGAGGGAAACCGGCUCCAAUUCGACAUUGGUCAAGUUCGGGCACAGUGUCCGACCCUCGUGGCGACCUAUCAAGAGUCACUCCGCUUGUACGCGUCGUCGGCACGGGCAUACAAAGUCGUCCAAGACUUUGAGCUCAUGGAUGGGUGCUUGCUGAAGAAGGGAAGCCUCGUGUACGUACCGACCGAGACGAUCCACAGAAACCCAAAAAAUUGGGGUCCAGAUGUGCUAGAAUUCAAACCCGAAAGAUGGAUGAAGUCCGAAUAUGACCAUCAUCCUGGGUCCUAUGCUCCUUUUGGAGUUGGAAGUUCCAUCUGCCCGGGACGGCAUUUUGUGUUCGACAUGAUCCUGGGGAGUUUGGUCGUGCUGCUAUAUAGCCUUGACAUCGAACUGCCACCUGGCACUGCUGUGGGAGUUCCGAAGACGAGAUUGAAAGUCAUGUCGGGUGUGCGGCUGCCCGUUCAUGACCUUGAUGUGGUCUUGAAGCGGAAGACUUUGGGAGAAUAUAACUCUGAAAGAGCCAAAUGGGCAUUCUAGGAGGAAUAGAAGUCGAAGCAUUAAGCAGUAUCAUGAACUACAUUCAAAUUGGCCUACAAUCCAUAUGAGCUGAAGGUAGGCCCACUGUACGUACUCCUUACACAAUCUACGGAACUUUGGAACGGACAAGUACUUCCUGUACAGGCCCGACGGGAUUAGACAGGAUUGACUUCGUUUUCGCCAUCGUGCCUCGGAGUUGCGUGAAUUGCCCAUGUAUUUUGGUUUAGCUCAGCUCUACUCUAGUUGUCUAGUUGCAAGAGGUAACAACCUCUACAUUGUAGCUAUG